AUGGCCAGUCCGCGCCCUCCCCUCGGCCGGAUCCUCCGCCUCGCCGCCGUCGCUGUCGCGGCCUGCGCCUGCUUCCCUACCCCCGUCUCCGGUAUCCGGAAGGACAUUGGCUUUAUUGAACCAAUUGUGUGCAGAAGCACUGUUCAGGGGCGGCAUCUGAUCUCUGAUGAUAAUGGUUAUGUAUGCUCUGCACUUUCAAUCAAUCCAUGGUCUCACUGCUGCCCAACAACAGGGGACCGCUUUUCCUGCCAGGGCUGCAAACUUGAUUUACAGUGCUGCAGUUCAUAUGAAUAUUGUGUUUCUUGCUGUUUGAAUCCUUCUAAGAUCAAGAAAGAAGAUGUGCUGAAGCUGAAGGUAGCUAAGCCAGUUACUGCUGGAACAUACACAAAUGUUUUCGAUUUCUGCAUGGGAAGAUGCCGCCAUAGCUCUGCAAGUGUGGUUCAUGAAAAUGCCUAUGCCAGUGACUUCCAUCACUGUUUUUCAGUGCACCAAAAUUUAUCAGGAUCAACUGAAUCUAGUUCUGUAUCAAAGUUGUUGGGCAUUAACGUUGUAGUAGGAAGGCCCGGGGAAUCCUGCAGCUUGGUUUGCAAAGUAAGAGGACAAUCAUGUGUUCCAAGCAGGCUCUCUGUGCUGAACAAAUGUGAGAUUUUGCAGAAAUAUAUGAGAUGCAAGACUGGCUGCUUUCCCAGCCUUGGACCAGAUCAACCUGCUGAAGUUGUUGAUGAAGCUCCAACCAGCUUGACUGUUAUAGGUUUUAUAUCUAGAAAAUGGAUGUUUCCAUACUCAGGUCAUAUUGGAUGGAUAUCUUGUGUCUCUUCUGGUUAUGUGGUUUAUGAACUACUUGAAACUGACAUUCACUGUGCUGCGCUUAGUCCAAUUUCUGAAAAUAGUCAACACUUGACCAACAAAAUGUGCUUAUCAGCUUAUGGCUAG